AUGUCAUUUCUAAACACGAUCAGAGGAUUGGGCAGAAGCUCCAAGAAGAAUAAAAAGGAUGUGGAUACGCCAGCAUCGAUAUAUUCACAUAAUAAUUCAUCUGGUUCACCGAUAAGAAGAUCACAGUCUCCAGGCAAAUAUUCGCCAAAUAAAUAUUCUCCAACUAAACCACGAAACACAAAUCAAAUACAAUUUGCAAAUCAGUCACCUACUAGAAGAGGCCGUACACAAGGAAAUACACAGGUGCAGCAGAAUCAGCUGCCACGUCGUCAGCAGGUAGCUCAACAGUCACAAGCAUCACCAUCAAAAUUACCACUUUUCUUAUGUGAACCAUUUGUGAAGACUGCGUUGGUGAAAGGAUCCUUCAAAACUAUCGUUCAACUUCCAAAAUAUGUGGAUUCGAACGAGUGGAUAGCGUUGAAUAUAUUCGAACUGUACAAUAACUUAAACCAAUUUUAUGGAAUUAUUGCUGAUUAUGUUACACCAGAGGCAUUUCCAACUAUGAAUGCGGGUCCUAAUACGAAUUAUAUGUGGGUUGAUGCCAGUGGCCAAGCAAUCAAUUUGCCAGCAAGCCAAUAUAUUGACUAUGUUUUGACAUGGAUAUCAACCAAGUUGAACGAUCAAUCGAUAUUUCCUACUAAAAAUGGAGGAGCAUUCCCACCGAACUUCUUGAAGGAUUGCAAAAACAUAUUAAGACAAAUGCUCAGAAUAUUUGCUUUCAUAUAUCACAACCAAUUUGAUAAGAUAGUACACUUGUCAUUAGAAGCACACUGGAACUCUUUCUUCGCCCAUUUUAUUAGCUUUAUAAAGGAAUUUAAUUUGAUUGACAGGAAAGAAUUAGAGCCAUUAUUACCGUUAAUAGAGAAUUUUGAACAGCAAGGGAAAAUUAUAUAA